UGUGUGUGAGAGAGUUUGGGGUGUAUUCACUGCGCAGGCAAAAUUUGAGUCUGCCACCCCCUCGUAGGUGCACAGAGGAGCCUGGGCCAGAGAAGGCAGUCUGUGCUGCUCGAGGUAACAGCUGCAGCAGUGCACUGUGCGAGGGCCCCUGCCCUCUGUGACGAUUCAGCAUGGGGAAGGAGAAGAUCCACAUCAAUAUCGUAGUCAUCGGCCAUGUGGACUCAGGCAAGUCCACCACCACUGGCCACCUCAUCUACAAGUGCGGAGGCAUCGACAAGCGGACCAUUGAGAAAUUUGAGAAGGAGGCAGCUGAGAUGGGAAAGGGAUCCUUCAAGUAUGCUUGGGUCCUGGACAAACUGAAGGCCGAGAGGGAGAGGGGCAUCACCAUUGAUAUCUCGCUCUGGAAGUUUGAGACCAACAAAUACUACAUCACCAUCAUCGAUGCCCCUGGACACAGGGAUUUCAUCAAGAAUAUGAUCACUGGAACCUCACAGGCUGACUGUGCAGUGCUGAUCGUGGCAGCUGGGGUGGGCGAGUUUGAGGCGGGUAUCUCCAAGAACGGCCAGACCCGCGAACACGCCCUGCUGGCCUACACGCUGGGCGUCAAGCAGCUGAUCGUGGCGGUCAACAAGAUGGACUCCACCGAGCCGCCCUACAGCGAGAAGCGCUACGAGGAGAUCGUCAAAGAGGUCAGCGCCUACAUCAAGAAGAUCGGCUACAGCCCCGCCGGAGUGCCCUUUGUGCCCAUCUCUGGUUGGCAUGGGGACAACAUGCUGGAACCUUCCUCCAAUAUGCCCUGGUUCAAAGGCUGGAAGCUGGACCGGAAGGAGCACCAUGCGAGUGGGGUGACCCUACUGGAGGCUCUGGACACCAUCAUGCCCCCGUCUCGCCCCACUGACAAACCCCUGCGUCUGCCCCUGCAGGACGUCUAUAAGAUAGGGGGUAUUGGCACUGUGCCGGUGGGCCGAGUGGAGACUGGAGUCCUGAAGCCAGGCAUGGUGGUGACCUUUGCCCCGGUGAACAUCACCACUGAGGUCAAGUCCGUGGAGAUGCACCACGAGACUCUGAGUGAAGCGCUGCCCGGCGAUAAUGUGGGCUUCAACGUGAAGAACGUGUCCGUGAAGGAUAUUCGCCGUGGCAACGUCUGUGGGGACAGCAAGGUUGACCCCCCUCAGGAAGCCUCAGGCUUCAUUGCCCAGGUCAUCAUCCUGAACCACCCUGGCCAGAUCAGCGCUGGCUACUCUCCGGUCAUCGACUGCCACACAGCUCACAUCGCGUGCAAGUUUGCCGAGCUCAGGGAGAAGAUCGACCGGCGCUCAGGCAAGAAGCUGGAGGACAACCCCAAGACCCUCAAGUCCGGGGAUGCCGCCAUCGUGGAGAUGCUACCUGGCAAGCCCAUGUGUGUGGAAAGCUUCUCCCAGUACCCUCCUCUGGGGCGCUUCGCUGUCAGAGACAUGCGUCAGACUGUUGCAGUGGGCGUCAUCAAAAGUGUGGAGAAGAAGGUCGGUGGCUCGGGCCGGGUGACUAAGUCCGCCCAGAAAGCUCAGAAGGUCACCAAAUGAGCACCUGGAAACGAGCACACCACCAAGGCAAACGCCAACCAAGACAACAAGCAGACGUGCCACCAUGCUAACCAUUAGCCUAGCCACAGUCCCUCUACUUCUGCCUUCCGAUCACCCUCUCCACUGGGUGUGUCCCAAAUCCCUCCCCCCUCUUCUGCUUACGUGCUUGCAGCACCUGGAUGGGUGGAUGGGUCUUAACCAGACAGAGAGCAAUGAGCAUGCCCAAUAUUUUAUCUGAGCUGUCUGCGAGUGUCUGUCGUUUAACUGGCCCUGCCACUCUGCUUUUGCACCCCCCCCCCCCCCCCCCCCCCCCCUUCAGCUGAGACCAUUACGCUAUGGAAGAGGGGAUUUAGCCACUGAGACUGAUCUAACAGAGGUGUCUGAAGUAUCAAAUGAAUGAGGUGAAAGCUAGAGAUGAGGAGGAGACCAGACAAGUGUCAACUGUCCAAGUCAGAAGGGAAAGUUUUCAAGAGGAGCAAAAUAUGUUGCAUAACCACUUGUAUAAACAAAAGCAGGUGCUGUUAUGAGUGAAAUUCAUCAGAAAGAAACAUAGUGGGAAAUGACUGACUAUGGUUGAAUAAUAUUUUGUCUAUGAAAAUGAAACUGUAUGUUUUAAAGGUAUUCUAUUAUAGAGUCCUACUAUAGCAUUCAUCUUUACAGUCUAUCUUUGUUUGCUGUAGGCUACACACUGGCAUCCUCUAUUCAGAGCACAGUAGGAAUUUCAACAAGGGAAGAUUAUGUGAAUGUCUUAAGUUAGAGUGUUUAAAAUCCAGCAGCAACAUUGCUGCCAUCUAUGCAGUGAGUUAGAUCUAAAGAGAAAAAGAAAGAAAAUGUUUCUCUGUAUUAUGUAUAGCUUUUUAUUGAAGAUUGAUAAAAGAUUAUUGUCCUCCUUUAUUCAUUUCUAGAGGCUUGUGUCCUGUUUUGACUUGUCUGUAUGGCAAUGUGAACCAUAGUCCUGCGUGAGUUUGAGUAUAAAUGUUUUAUAUGUGGUACUAAAAUAGAGUGUUUUCUGGGUCGGGUCCAGCAGCUCCCUGUAAAUCAAGUAAACCAAGAGAUGCCAUUUUACCUCACAAAACAGAUAGCAAAGACACAUCUGAAAUGAUACUAUAAUUAUUAGGAAACAUAUUAUUAUUAACCUUUAUGAACAGUGAUUGUAUACGGGCUCUGCAGAGAUUCUGUGUUGGUUCUGGACUGUGUGAUUUUAUCCUUUGUGUUCUUUUAUGAUACCUGAAUCAUUGGAAACAAGAACUGUCUGCUGUAAGAGAUCAACGGGGUGUUUGUGAUGUCACACUGUGAAGCGAGACCUGAAAAAUAGAAGCUGUACCAAAUCACUUCCUCUAGCGUUCCUCUCUGUGGGUAAUCGUCAUUCCACACACAGUACAGAUUGCAUAUUGAUUUCAUGUGCGCCUUGUGCUUAUUUAUUAUGGUUUAUUCCUGUGUGGUUAUUUAUAUUUGUUUAUUGACGGGCUAGUUAGCCCCUCAGCAGGGGUUUGUUUUGUUGUGUAUUUGUUAGUCAUUGUUUGCCUUGGAGCCGUUAGUUUGUGACUUUGAGAAUGACAAAGCGAUGAUUAAAACAAUAUAUUGCACACACA